GCUUCUCGUCUGCCUCCAUCUCGCCCAGUGCGAGUUCCUGAGGCCAGUUCGGGGGAUGUAAGAGCCGAAGCACGUCGGCUGCCAGGCACCGCGUUUGGUUGGGAUUUGCCAGCCGGGCUCCGGCUCCAGCUUCGCAAGCUCAUACUCAAGUGACCCAGGCCUGAAGGCGAGUUCGGGCUGGACGGCGGCCGCCGCGCGCCCAGGCUCGGCUUCGCUGCGCGUCCAGAAGAUGAAUCCGGUCUCCGGGCCCCCUCCGCUCCCGCCGCCUGGGCAACAAGUGAUCCACGUCACGCAGGACCUCGACACGGACCUCGAAGCCCUCUUCAACUCUGUUAGGAACCCCAAGCCCAGCUCGUGGCGGGAGAAGAUCCUGCCCGAGUCGUUCUUCAAGGAGCCUGACUCGGGCUCGCACUCGCGCCAGUCCAGCACCGACUCGUCGGGCGGCCACUCAGGACCCCGACUGGCUGGUGGUGCCCAGCAUGUCCGUUCUCACUCAUCGCCCGCGUCCCUGCAGCUGGGCACGGGUGCGGGCGCCACACGCAGCCCAGCGCAGCAGCACGCGCACCUCCGUCAGCAGUCCUACGACGUGACCGACGAGCUGCCGCUGCCCCCUGGCUGGGAGAUGACCUUCACGGCCACUGGCCAGAGGUACUUCCUCAAUCACAUAGAAAAAAUCACCACAUGGCAAGACCCUAGGAAGGCGAUGAAUCAGCCCCUGAAUCAUAUGAACCUCCACCCUGCCGCAACUUCCACACCAGUGCCUCAGAGGGCCAUGGCAGUGUCCCAGCCAAAUCUCGUGAUAAAUCACCAACACCAGCAGCAAAUGGCACCCAGUAGCCUGAGCCAGCAGAACCACCCUACGCAGAACCCACCAGCAGGGCUCAUGAGCAUGCCCAAUGCGCUGACUACUCAGCAGCAGCAGCAGCAGAAACUGCGGCUUCAGAGGAUCCAGAUGGAGAGAGAGAGGAUUAGAAUGCGCCAGGAGGAGCUCAUGAGGCAGGAAGCUGCCCUCUGCAGACAGCUCCCCAUGGAAGCCGAGACUCUGGCCACGAUUCAGGCUGCUGUCAACCCGCCUGCCAUGACCCCAGACAUGAGAUCCAUCACUAAUAAUGGCUCAGAUCCUUUCCUCAAUGGAGGGCCCUAUCAUUCGAGGGAACAGAGCACUGACAGUGGCCUGGGCCUGGGAUGCUACAGUGUCCCGACCACUCCAGAAGACUUCCUUAGCAACGUGGACGAGAUGGACACAGCAGAAAAUGCAGGGCAGACGCCCAUGAACAUCAAUAACCAGCAGACCCGCUUCCCUGAUUUUCUUGACUGUCUUCCGGGAACAAACGUUGAUCUAGGAACUUUGGAAUCUGAAGAUCUGAUCCCCCUUUUCAAUGAUGUAGAAUCUGCUCUAAACAAAAGUGAGCCCUUUUUAACCUGGCUGUAAUCAGUACCAUUGUAACUUGGAUGCAGCUGUAACCUGACAUUUCCUGGGCCUCUUGGAAAAAACGACGGGUGAGAGCGAGUCUGCAGGUGCACCACUUUCGGCCUCCAAGACUCUUGCUCUCUACUUUCCAUGUGGCCACUUUAAUCAUUGCCUGCAUUUGAUUGACAGUAACAAGUUAAACUCAUAAAUACUCUGUUUUCAUUUUCUAUAAGCCUGCAUUCCUGUGAUAGAUUAUGCAGAAUUAUUUCUCCUUUUUUCUCUCUAGUGCCCCACAACUAAGCUGUAUGUGUGGUGGUUGAAAUUCAUAGAUCAAUUGAUUUGAAACCAUAAAAACCUGACCACAGGCAGUGACUUUUGAUGGGCUGCUUGGUCCAGGAAAUGUGCACAAAAUUAGACCCAAUUUUCAGUUUCAAAAACUGUAUUGAUGGCAAUAGUAUCAAAUGCUUUAAAAAAUAUUCAACUUGAGCUUUAAAAAUCAUUGUAUGGAUAGUAAAAUUUUGCUCUAUGGAAUACAAUAUCAUUUUGAAUCCA